CGUUUAAAUGUUAAGGAGGUAAUCAUACACUCGCAUUUCUUUAAAAACGUCACAAUUAGCACACCUACACUAAUUUCUACUCCUAACGUUAUUACCCACUUAAGAAACAUGCUUAUUUAUACAUUUAGAUUCAAGUUUACAUAAACUCUUCAAUUUCCCUUUCACGCCCAAACACCCACUCGAGAGAAAAACAGCAGCCGUUUGAACGGCUGCGAUUUCCCGCCCACGCUUUCAUUGCUUUAUUUCAAAUUCCUCUCGUCCAAUCGUCCGUCAGUUCUCAUUUCAAAUUCCUGUCGUCCAAUCGUCCGUUAGCUAAGGACCGCGAGAGUCUCUUCGUUGGACCAAUCAGCGUCGCCGUGGCGCUGCCGCUCUACUAUAAAAUCUGCCGCUCGCUAGCCCACUCAUAGUGCAGUGUCGCAUCUCGACCAAAUGGCAAGAACGAAGCAGACAGCCCGUAAGUCCACCGGCGGAAAGGCUCCCAGGAAGCAGCUGGCCACCAAGGCCGCUCGUAAGAGCGCCCCGGCCACCGGCGGUGUCAAGAAACCUCACCGUUACAGGCCCGGCACCGUGGCUCUCAGGGAGAUCCGCCGCUACCAGAAGUCCACCGAGCUCCUUAUCCGCAAGCUGCCCUUCCAGCGUCUGGUUCGGGAGAUCGCGCAGGACUUCAAGACUGACUUGCGCUUCCAGAGUUCCGCCGUGAUGGCUUUGCAGGAGUCCAGCGAGGCUUACUUGGUCGGUCUGUUCGAAGAUACCAACCUGUGUGCCAUCCACGCCAAGCGGGUCACCAUCAUGCCCAAAGACAUCCAGCUGGCCCGCCGCAUUCGUGGAGAGAGGGCUUAAGUCACCACGGUCACGCCAUCCAAACAACGGCUCUUUUAAGAGCCACCAAUUCAGUCUAAAAGAUCUAUGCCGUUACGAUAGUUUUGCUUUCCGGUUAUUUUGGUCAUUUCUUGCUUAAUCGUGAUUGAGUCUUGCAUAGUCGAAGUAUAAUUCAGACUGUCCCAUGCUGUUAAAUGUUUUCUCUCAUUUUCCUUCAUAUAGAAGCAUUUGACUUUCAGCUCUUUUUACGUACACGAUAGCUCGGUUACUUUGUGGGUGUGCGUUUUUAUUUAUUUUUUUCCUCCUACUACUAGUGGGUAAAACUACCGUUGAAAA